AUGCAAGCAGAUGUGGAUCUCUUCAAGAUCUUGAACGGGAAUCAGGGUGGACGGACAACCGAUAGAACUCGUCGAUUUGUUCUGUUAGCUGUGCUGAAGAAGAACAGCAGCUACGAGAGAGAUGUUCAGCAAAGAUGCGCUAAGGUCACUUUUUCAUUUAACUCCUUAACGAAAUGCCUGUGGUCGACUACCAUCACCAACGAAGUCAAGCUGCGAGUCUACCUAUCCGCAAUUCGACCCUUCAUGAUGUACGUAUCGGAGAUUUGGGCAGCACCAUCUAUAGUUAUGGAGAGGCUUGACUGCACGGAACGAAAGCUGCUUUGA